AUGACCAAAGAGCGGGCCGAUGGCAACCCACAGGAAGGCGUGGAGGAGAAGAAUGGACAAAUUGUUGACGUAGGGGACGGGUAUACCCCCGAGGAAGAGAAAGAAGUCCUGCGUAAAAUCGACCUUGCGAUCAUGCCCAUGAUGUGCUUCGUUUUCUUUCUACAGUACUUGGACAAGCAGAGUCUGAGCUACGCAAGCGUGUUCGGUUUGAUAACGGACCUCAAAUUGACCAGUACUCAGUACUCCUGGUGUUCGUCCAUCUUCUAUGUCGGUCAACUGGUGUCUGAGUACCCAUUUAUCUACCUUAUGAGCAGGCUCCACCUGACGAAAUUUGUCGGAAUCACAAUUGUGAUCUGGGGAAUGAUUUGCAUGUGCCUAGCCGCGCCGAAAAACUACGCUGGCUUUGCUGCUGUGCGGUUCCUUCUCGGAUUUGCCGAGGGGGCUGUGUCCCCUGCUUUCAUCACCAUCACCAGUAUCUGGUACCGAAGCAACGAACAUGCUCUUAGAACAGCGCUGUGGAUUACGAUGAACGGGGUUGCCCAGAUCUGCGGUUCACUCCUCAUGUACGGCAUCGCCAAAAACACGUCGCUCUCCCUUGCCCCCUGGAGAAUUCUCUUCCUUGUCUGCGGUGCCAUCACCUCAGCGGCUGGCGUGGCAUUUUAUUUCUUCAUGCCCAACGGCCCUAAGGAUGCUUGGUUCUUAACGGCCCGACAAAAACAGAUUCUUGCCUUGCGCAUGGCCAAGGACCGUGAAGGAGGCGACAAGACCUCUUUCUCUAUGGCGCAACUCAAGGAAGCGGCACUGGAUAUCAAGACCUGGUUCGUGUUCUGGUUUGGCGUUUUGGUGACAAUGCAGUCUCCUGUUUUGACGUUCGCAUCACUUGUGAUCAACAAUAUUGGGUACAACAAGUAUGAAACCAUGUUAUACACUGCUCCAUCAGGCGCUGUUCAAAUCGGCAUGCUAUGGAUCGGCGUCUGCGGCUGCAUGGUUUUCCCCAAGAACCGAACCCUGGUUGCCUUGGUUCUCAUUAUCCCACCGCUUGUGGGCAACGUGCUUCUAAUGAAGCUUUCUACCGACUCAGGAUGGGGUAUGAUAGCUGCCUCUUGGAUAUCAUCAUGCAUCACUGCGGUUUGGUCCAUUCUUCUCUCCCUUACUGCUUCCAACGUGAAAGGCAACACCAAGCGCGCUAUAGUCAACGCUAUGUUCUUCGUUGGUUACUGCGCCGGUUGCAUUGGUGCUCCGCAGCUCUGGACCAAGAAACCACGAUACUUCAACGGCGUGGUCACAGCUAUCGUCACUUGGUGCCUGCUCUUUGCUGAGAUUGUGGCCUAUCGGUACAUUUGCGCAAGAGACAACUCAAAAAGAGAUGCCGCUCUUUCUAAUGAACAGCAAGUCGCCCAAGAGAACCAAGGGGAAGUGAUUCUGGAUGCUGGCGGUGCACCUGAUAGUGACCUCACAGACAAAAAGGAUAAGCAGUUCAGGUACAGCAUAUAG